GGACAAGUAACAUCCCAUCCUCCCGCCCCCGGUUUUGUGGAAAAGCUGAAGUACCAUGAGCACAUCACAAAUGGCUUUGAGAACAUGCCAGCAACCUGAAGAAUAAAAGGUAAUAAAGAUGGUGGUAGCUAAGUCAUGGACCAUGGUGAGGCACUUUGAUGGUGCACCACAACCUGAAGAUUUUUUGUUGAUAGAGAAAGAGCUGCCACCCCUAAAAGAAGGAGAGGUACUACUGGAAUCUGAGUUUUUGAGCGUCGACCCAUACAUGAGGCCAUAUAGUAAAAUGAAGUUAAAGGAGGGAGAUGUUAUAAUGGGAUCACAGGUUGCCAGGGUGGUGGAGAGCAAGAAUCCUGCCUUCCCAGUAGGUGCCUGCUAUGUUGCCUAUGCAGGAUGGACAACACAUUUCAUAUCAGAUGGCACAGAACUUGAUGCAUUACCCUCAAACUGGCCUGACAAUCUACCUAGAUCACUGGCACUGGGAGCGGUAGGCAUGCCAGGACUGACAGCAUAUUUUGGGUUUUUGAAAGUUUGCAAUCCAAAGGAAGGGGAUGUUGUUCUUGUUAACGCUGCUGCUGGUGCUGUUGGCUCAGUCGUGGGUCAGAUUGCUAAGAUCAAAGGCUGCAAAGUAAUUGGAUCAGCGGGCUCAGAUGACAAAGUUGGCUUUUUAAAAGAAAUUGGAUUUGAUGAAGCCUUUAACUACAAGACUGUAAGCUCAUUAGCGGAAGCUCUGAAAACGGCCUCUCCAGAAGGAUACGACUGCUACUUUGACAAUGUUGGGGGGAAGUUUACAGAUACUGCUCUGCAACAAAUGAAAGAUUUUGGAAGAAUUGCUGUCUGUGGUGCCAUCUCUUUGUAUAAUGAUUCAGUACCCUCGACAGGGCCCUACAUUCAACCGUAUAUUCUCUUCAAACAACUCUGUAUGGAAGGAUUCUUUGAUACUCGCUGGCAAGAUCAAUUUCCAGAAGGACUGAAACAGCUCUUGCAGUGGGUUAUAGAGGGAAAGCUGAAGUACCGUGAGCACGUCACAAAUGGCUUUGAGAACAUGCCAGCAGGUUUUAUAGGGCUGUUUAAAGGAGAAAAUACUGGCAAAGCUAUUAUAAAAAUGUAAAAAGCUGCCGUAGAAUUUAGCAGUUAUUAGAUUUUCAGAUGAAGGCAGCAGUACCCUAUUAGUAUAUCCCCAGUCUCACUGCAACAGUGAGUUAUUCUAAUUCAAUCUGAACUACUAAAGAAUAAAACAUUCCCUUUAUAAA